UCACCAUGGCUUCUUCCACCACCACCACCACAUUCACCUCUCUCUCUACCCACAAUCACCACGAACGCAGCCCGAAAUCAUCCAUCUGCCGCAAUGUCCUCGUUCGUCUCUUUGUCUCCAUGCUAGUCCUUUCAUCUUUGGUUGUUAUAACAGCUAAUUCAACAUCUCCAACGGUUGAAGAUAGCGUAAAAUGGCAGCAGCCUGCUUAUCAUUUUCGGCCCCAUAAGAACUUCAUCAGUGACCCUGACGCUCCAUUAUAUUACAAGGGUUGGUACCAUUUGUUCUACCAAUACAACCCAGAUUCAGUAGUUUGGGGCAACGUGACAUGGGCUCAUGCAGUCUCCAAAAAUCUAGUCAACUGGUUCAUACUCCCUUUAGCCAUGGUUCCUGAUCACUGGUACGACAUCAACGGCGUCAUGAGUGGCUCCGCAACCACCCUCCCAGACGGUCGACUGAUGAUGUUCUAUAGCGGCAUGUCUACCAACUUGUCUCAACUCCAAUGCCUUGCAUUCCCCAAAAACUCUUCGGAUCCCCUUCUUAUGGAUUGGGUCAAAUACGACGGUAACCCUGUCCUCUACCCACCUCCCAACAUCGGUCCCAAAGACUUUCGGGACCCCUCAAAUCUCUGGAUUGGACCCGAUGGCAAGUAUCGAAUGAUCAUGGGCUCAAAGCAUAACAAUACCAUUGGUUGUGUUCUAGUUUUCCAUACAACUGAUUUUAUUCAUUAUAAAUUGUUGGAUGACGUGCUCCACUCGGUUCCGGGUACGGGUAUGUGGGAGUGUGCAGAUAUUUACCCGGUAUCCACUAUGAAUACAAAUGGGUUGGAUAUGUCGGUUUAUGGGUCGGGUGUUAAGUAUGUGUUGAAGCAAAGUGGGGAUGAAGAUAGACAUGAUUGGUAUGCAAUUGGGUCGUAUGAUGCGUGGAAUGAUAAAUGGUAUCCGGAUGAUCCGGAAAAGGAUUUGGGUAUCGGGUUGAGAUACGAUUAUGGAAAGUUUUAUGCUUCGAAAACGUUUUACGACCCGUUAAAGAAAAGACGGGUUCUGUGGGGGUAUGUCGGAGAAACGGAUACGGUUAAAGAGGAUCGAAUAAAGAGAUGGGCCAAUAUUCUGAACUUUCCAAGAACGGUGACAUUGGACAUAAAGACUCAAACAAAUUUGAUUCAAUGGCCCAUCGAAGAAGUAGAGAUGUUGAGGUUUAAAACCCAUUUCGAAUUUAAAGACAUUGAAUUGAGGCCUGGAUCAAUUGUUCCGCUCAAUAUAGGCUCAACCACGAAGUUGGAUAUAAGUGCCUUGUUCAAGUUAUGUCAAGCAUCACUAAAUGCAACAUUGGAAUCGGAUGUUUCGUACAACUGUACAACAAGUGAGGGCUCAGCCGGGAGAGGCGGUUUGGGACCGUUUGGGCUCUUGGUUCUAGCCGAUGCAUCAUUUACCGAACAAACACCAGUGUAUUUUUACAUCGCAAAAAACACGGAUGGCACCUCACGAACUUAUUUUUGUGCUGAUGAAUCAAGAUCAUCAACACUUUCAGAUGUGGGCAAAAGGGUAUAUGGAAGUACUGUUCCUGUGCUUCAUGGUGAAGACUACAACAUGAGGUUAUUGGUGGACCAUUCAAUCGUAGAAAGCUUUGCACAAGGAGGAAGAACGGUUAUAUCAUCAAGAGUCUAUCCUACAAAGGCAAUCUAUAAAGCAGCCAAAGCGUUCUUGUUCAACAAUGCCACUGAUAUCUCUGUCAAGGCAUCUCUCAAGAUCUGGAAGAUGGGUCGAGCAAAAUUUAAACAUUUCCCUCUCUAAACGGGUUCACCAUGGACAUUCCGGUCAUUUCCUAAGCUUGUUAUAGUAGCUAAACGAUUGUCGGUUCAAUCGUUCAAGUUUCCUUGUGUCGCAUCUAUAUUUUACUCUAUGUUCUCACAAAUGAAAUAAUCAAACUCUGUCAUGGAU